AAAGUAUUUUUUAUGACAAUUGCUUUAAAAUCCUUGUUAGGUAAUUCUGACUUCUUUGUUAUCUUAUUGUUGGUGUCUCUGUUGAUUGUGUUUUCUCAUUCAAAUUGAGAUUUUUCUGGGUUUUGAUAAUUUUUUAUUAUAUUUUAGACAUUGGGGUAUUAUUUUGUGAGACACUGCUUCCUGUUUAAAAAUCGUGCUCAUUCCUAGCACCUGCUGGGUGCUGGCUUGGGGUGGUAGCUGGGCUCCUGUGUCUCACACAGCCCCUGGCAGGCUCCUGUGGGCCAGGAGGUGAGAGGCACCCCCUUGUCACAGCCAGGCCUGGGCAGUGGUCAGGAUCCACUCACGUAGUCCUGGUGCCAGCCCCUGCACAAAACCAGGUGUAUGAUGUACCUUUUUUUUUUUUUUUUUUUGGUGUGUGGUUGCGGGUAGCGUUGAUGAUGUCAAAAGAGUCUGUCCUGCAAGGUCCCCCUCCUGGUCCUUUGGCUGAAAAAAGCAGGUUUACCUUGUUUUUCGGUCUGUGUCUGCUGGUGUUUCUGGGUUGCCAGCUUCUCUGGCACUCAGACUGGGAUGUACAGUAGACGAACAAACCCAGAGUCAGCCCAGGGAACUCACUGCCAGGUCAUUUCUUGAGAUCUGAGGUCCCUGGACAGUCGGCCUCUGUUCCCUCCUUCCAGAGUCUUCCAGGGCUUCUUUCCUGUGUUUCCCGAGUGUUUGAGUGUGGUAGGUGGAGAGGAGCAGGUGGAAUGUGUCUGUCUUGUCUGGAACUGGAAAUGCUCAGACCAAACUGUAAACUUAACACAUAUUUUGAAAUGUAGAUUUUCCUGGGAAAGUAUGGGUGUAUUCGGAUCCACACUGUCUUUUUGGUUGCGCAAACUUGUAUUUUUGUGGUUACGUUGAUCAUCCAGUGGUUGCUGUCGAGUGUGCAAAGCCUGCCCGCAGGUGUGCUGGGGACAGCGUGGCCGGGUGGACUGUGGUUUCGGGAGGUGAUUGCUGUGUGAGGCCACGCGGGGCGAGGGGUGAGCAGCUGGAGUGGGAGUCGGGGUCAGUUAGCAGGGGCUUCCUGGUGAGGGGUCUGGAGGAGGCGCCAUCAAGGGCAGCGUGGGCGCGGCGUGGACCCCUGGAGAGAAGCCUGAGCUGAAACGCUGAAUGCAGGCCUCACUCUUGGUAUCCACGUUCCAAUCUUGGACGAGUUACGUUCUUUUUCUAAGUGACACUUUCAGAUAAUGAGGUUAGUGUACUGCUCCCUAAGAAAACUUGGAAAAUCCAGAAAUGCAUAAGGAGGAGGAUAAAGGGAUUCAUUCCAUGGUGGGAUAAAUGUAUUGACAUUGUCUUUCCCUUCAUUCUUCUUAUGUGUGUUAAAGAAAAGUGUAUUCAGUUUUGCUUGUUAAAGCGGGUAAGGAAGACUUGACCGUUGCUGCAGGUUCAAGGACGAGAAAACGGGGUCUUGCCGUGGGGGAGAGAUGAGCUCAGCUCUCCACAGCGAGGACAAGUGGGCAGGAAGCUCACUUCGGGGAAGCAGGGGGCUCCGGCUGAACUGACCCGGCAGGGUGGUGCGGAGGGCAGGCCAGGGCAGCGGACAGCACCUGGGGGGCUGGCGGUGAGGAAUCUGCCCAGGUAUUGAGGGUGGAGUUCUUGCUAAACUGACGUGGCUGCACUUCUGCUAAAACUGGAUUUUAUAAGGAAGUGUGCAGGUGGCCUAGGAGAAGAUUCGGGUCCUGAGUAAAGUUUGGUCAAAGAAUCUUUGUUAGUAUCUGCUGUAUUUCCAAAACCUAAGAAUUUGGACUUUUAUUAUAAUAUUUUUUUGAUAAAAAAGACUAAAAUCUCAUAAUUUUUUAUUCUUAGCUGAGCUUCAGUCUUUAUCUAUUCCUGGAACUUACCAAGAGAAGAUUACUCACCUAGGAAAUUCUUUGAUGAAUUUAACAGGUCUGAAAUCUUUAGAUCUCUCUCGCAACUCCUUGGUUAGCCUGGAGGUAAGUUUCAGGUUUGUUUCUUACAAGACAAUGUAUUGCCAUCACUGUCAGUGGAAGGUACUUUUAGGGUAAAAGAUACAAUCUUUUGUAACUGUGCUUGUCAUACUUGUAAACUGUACACUUGCAAUGAUUAGCAGUGUUAUGUUGUUUUUCUUGUGUUUACUGUGAGCUGAUUUCUCACACAUCACAUCGCCUGUUGCCCUUGUUCUCCAGUGAAGAAAGAUAAGACCCCAAAGACUAGCCUGUGGUUCUGCACUGUCUCCACGCCCAGGCCAGCUCUUCAGAGGGCCUCAACGGGCGGUCCAGCCAGCGCGGGCUGUUGCCAUGUGCCCAGCAGGGGCAGGCGCUCGUCCUUGUGGGAGGUCAUGUGGGGGUGGCAGAGGGACACUGUGUAAACCCUGCUCAUGGUGUGAACUCCUGCACUGGAACGUGGUGCUGUGUAGAGAGCACAUCUGACACAGGGCCUAGGAGGGGCUCCCAGUCCCAUGCAGGCUCCAGCCCACCCAGGCCUUGCUUCCUAACCUGUGUGGUGGUAGCACUGGGCGCUCAUACCCUGCAAGGUUGAGUGCAGGUGAGAAGAGACUGUGUGUGUAACUCAUUAGCUUAACGACAGUGGGAGACGUGGCAUUUCACAUUUGCCUGCAUGGUCGUUUCACCGUGUGAAGCACUGAGAACUUCACAGGGCAUCCAGUACCUGACGGGGCUGCAGACUCUCAGCCUCUACUACAACUGCAUUUCCUCGCUGGCGGAAGUCUUCCGGCUCCACCCCCUAGCCCAGCUCGCAGACGUGGACUUCCGGCUGAACCCUGUAGUGAAGAACGAGUCUGAUUACCGCCUCUUUGUCGUGCACAUGCUCCCCAAGCUCCGACAGCUGGACGACCGUCCCGUGAGAGAGAGCGAGAGGAAGGCGUCCCGGCUGCAUUUUGCUUCGGAGGACUCACUUGGCUCAGGGGAGAGCGCGUCUGCCGCUCUGACAGUUGGAAGACCUCGCCGCCCCAGAGCCGAGGGCUCCGGCCCGCCAGCCAGGACGUGCUCGGCCGUGGACGCGGACGACGAGGCGGUGCUGAGCCUCAUCGCCGAGUGCGCGUGGGACCUGCGCAGGCCUCCCGUGGGCGCAGGCUCCGCCCAGCAGGGGCAUGAGGCCGACUCGCGUGGCUCCCAAGAAUCCAGACAUCUGCUGAGCCCUUGGUCAGCGCGGCACCAGUGUGGGGACUCCGCACCCCAGGGCCAGGAGCGGAGGAGCUGGCCCCGAGGCUGCUGUGUGGAGAAGCAGCCGCCACCUCGAGGAGCUGCCCUGGAGGCUCCCUGCACCUGCGGGCCCCACACCCACUUCCCCCCACACUCAGACUCCAUGGGUGUUGAGGACUCAGCCUCUUCUCAGAAGUCAAGUUUGUCAGGACAGAAGGUGCUAUGUCCUUUGCCUGGCCCUGAAAAGUACAGGAAGCGAAGAAUGCCUGGCGGGAGGUUCCAGGGGCCCUUGGACCAGGAAUGUCUGAGCUGCCUGGAGAGGACGGAUGGGCCCCCCAGCCCCGCGGAGAGUCUGAGCAGGCAGAACGGCUCGGAAGGCAGGAGUGAGAGGACCUUUUCAUCGGGAACGGAAGAGCCGCAGUCUCAGGGCACAACUGAUGCCGGAGAGUUGUCGCCCAGAUUGCACUCAGCAGCUCUGCCCGGGGACAAGGCUGCCCUGGAGGUGGUGCUCCUGGAGGCGCUCCUGGACCUGGUGGACAGGUACUGGGAAGGCAGCAGGUCCCUGCACAGCCACGAGGUGUUCCUCGCUCAGGCAAGACACAUUUUGUCCUCCGUUCAAGAAUUUACAGCAGCUCAGGACAAUUUGGCAGUUGAGAAUGAAAAAGUCAGCUACCUGACGCUUGAGAACGAGUCUCUGCAAAGCCACCUUGCCAGCCAGCAGCAGUGGUACGCGGCAAAGAUGGGCGAGGUGACGGCGGAGCUCAGCCGUACUCGCAAGGAGAUGGAUGACUUGAGGCAACAUUUAGACAAAUCUUUGGAGGAGAAUAGUAGCUUGAAAUCUCUUUUGUUCAGCAUGAAAAAAGAAGUUAAAAAUGCAGAUGCUUCAGCCACAUUAAGUUUGCAGAUCACUGGACUUGAAACGAGUGUGAAGAGGCUCUCUGGUGAGAUUGUGGAGUUAAAGCAGCAUCUGGAGCACUAUGACAAGAUCCAGGAACUCACCCAGAUGCUGCAGGAGAGCCACAGCUCCCUGGUCAGCACCAAUGAGCACCUGCUGCAGGAGCUGAGCCAGGCACGGGCACGGCACCGGGCAGAAGUGGAGCACAUGCACUGGAGCUACCAGGAGCUCAAGAAGACCAUGACCCUGUGUCCCCACAACGGCACCAGCCGUGGCGGCUGCCUCUCCUGACUCCUGUUGAGAAGUUAGGUGGUUUGUACCCGUGUGUUUCUUCCUAGUGUAUUUGCUGGUGAGCGCUGUCUCUUCUUUGUGUAAUUACUGCUGAUUUUUGAAAUGUAUUUAGGGUCUGUAGCCCUGUUUUCUAAAUUAUCUUCAAAUGAUAGGAUUAAUCCAAGCCCUUUAUGUAUUUUGAGACAAAAUACACUGACAAGUUUUGA